UGCCCGCUGCUGCUGCGGUUCACCACCAACAACGGCCGCCACCACCGCAUGGACGAGUCCCGCGGGAACGUGCCGUCCAGCGAGCUGCAGAUCUACACCUGGAUGGACGCAACCUUGAAAGAACUGACUAGUUUAGUGAAAGAAGUCUACCCAGAGGCUAGGAAGAAGGGCACACACUUCAAUUUUGCAAUUGUUUUCACGGAUCUUAAAAGGCCCGGGUAUAGAGUCAAGGAGAUCGGCAGCACCAUGUCUGGGAGGAAGGGGACGGACGACUCCAUGACCCUGCAGUCACAGAAGUUCCAAAUAGGAGACUACUUGGACAUAGCGAUCACCCCUCCAAAUCGGGCACCACCUCCUUCGGGGCGCAUGCGACCAUAUUAAAUUUUAUUUGCUAUUUCUUGAAUUUAUUUUUCAUUCAGUUAUGUAAAAUAAACUGCUUUCUCCUCCCCCCUUAUUGCCAUUAAGCCUUUAAACUAAACAAAUUGUAAUGCAUCUAUUUAGCAAUUAGACUUGGCUUUGCUAUGGUAUGAAUGUUAAUAGAAAGUCCUUAUGUUUCAAGUCCUGUAAAAUAUGAAGAAAAGUGCUCUUAGCAUUCUAUGUAAAACUGUAUUGUUAAAUAUAUGUUGCAGUCAACUUGAGUGUGAAAAUUCUAGGGCCCGGGGCAGGGCUGAACUCUGUUGGGGCUUUCCUGAGUAAUGGAGUUGGGUGUGUUUAAGCCCAGGUGGGCAGAACAAGGACGCCAUGGGGGUCCGGCACCGCGGGAGCCUGGAGUCGGGAAGGGGAGCCGUGGGGAGAGAUGGGCCCACCUGAACCAUGGGACAGUGUCCGCCAGUUAGAGGCAAGGAGAACCGGUGCCACAGUGACGCCUUUUCAUGUUCUAAGAAUGGGGAGCAAAGGGCAUUUUGAGGGCAGGACGCAUGUAGAGGAACAAGGGUUAGCACGGAGGGACGUGAGGGAGGAGGGUUGCCUGGAGACGAAGGGUGGGCACAAAAGGGGACUCUUAGGGCCAGGGAGCAGGUCGCGGUGAGAGUGGGGUGCCCAUAUCCUGUCAGGAGCCUUGAGGGGUGGGGUGUACCUGAGGUCUGACCCGGGAGGCAGAGUGCGGGCUGGUUCAAACCAGUUGGGCUGGACAUUUAUAUCUGGUUGCAGCAGUAGCCACCUCGGACAAGUUACUUGAGUCUUUGUUUUUUUUUAGUUUGUAAAAUGGAGGGAACAGCCCGUAGGAUUGUGACAAAUGUUUGCUAAGGGCGUAGAAUAGUGCCUGUCACGUAGGGAACAAAUGUUAGCCCCAAGCUGGACUUCAGUCAGGGCGGCCUGGCUCCCGCGGCAGGUGCAGCCUCGCUGUGCAGUGUGUAACAGUGCAGUGUGUAACAGCGUGUAGUGUGUAACAGUGCAGUGCGACGGCCUCAGUCACCUUUAGUUCAGUACAGUAGGACAUUUUGAAAACGUGUAUUCCAAAAUGAAAAAUAGGUACUAGCAAAUAUCCUAGCAAAGGAAAAUCAAAGUAAUUUGAUGCUGUUUUAAAA